AUGGCGGCGUACGGAGAGGGCAAGAUGGCGGCGCCCGUGCCAAGUACGGAAGGGCGGGGCCGCGGCAAGAUGGCGGCGCCCGCGGGGCGUGGCGUGGUGGAGCGGGGCGGGCCAGGCCGAGGCGGAGCGCGGCGCAGCAGCAUGGAGGGCAGCGAGCGGCUCGUCCCCAAGGGCUUCCCCGAGCUGAAGAACGACACGUUCCUGCGGGCGGCGCGCGGCGAGGACACCGCGUACACGCCGGUGUGGUGCAUGCGGCAGGCGGGGCGCUACCUGCCCGAGUUCCGGGAGAUGCGGGCCGCGCAGGAUUUCUUCGCCACGUGCCGCAGUCCCAAGGUGUGCUGUGAGCUGACGCUGCAGCCGCUGAGACGAUUCCCCCUGGAUGCUGCUAUUAUCUUCUCCGACAUCCUGGUGGUGCCCCAGGCACUAGGCAUGGAUGUUGUCAUGGCACCUGGCAAAGGACCCACCUUCCCAGAGCCCCUGAAGGAGGUGGAGGAUCUGCUGAAGCUGCGGCAGAAGGUGGACGUGACCGCAGAGCUCGGUUAUGUCUUCCAGGCCAUCACGUUGACACGGCACAGCCUGGAGGGCAAGGUGCCCCUCAUCGGCUUCUCUGGGGCGCCUUGGACGCUCAUGUCCUACAUGAUUGAAGGCGGUGGCUCCACAACGAUGGCCAAGGCCAAGAGCUGGCUCUAUCGUCACCCCGAUGCGAGCCACCGACUGCUGCGGCUGCUGACAAAUGUCAUCAUCGACUACCUGGUGGGGCAGGUGGCUGCCGGAGCGCAGGCGCUCCAACUGUUUGAGUCCCACGCGGGGCACCUGGGCCCGGAGCAGUUCCAGGACUUUGCCCUGCCCUACAUCCGAGACAUUGCCCGGGGCGUGAAGAGCAAGUUGAAGUCUGAGGCGCUACCCCUGGUGCCCAUGAUCGUCUUUGCGAAGGACGCGCACUACGCGCUGCCGGAGCUGGCCCGGGCCGGCUACGAGGUGGUUGGGCUUGACUGGACCAUACGGCCACAGGACGCUCGCGCACAGAUAGGCAAGGACAUCACCCUGCAAGGGAACCUGGACCCCUGCGCCCUCUACGCGCCCAAGGAGAAGAUUGGGGAGCUGGUGAAGAAGAUGCUGGAGGGUUUCGGCACCCAACGCUACAUUGCCAACCUGGGCCACGGCCUUUACCCCGACAUGAGCCCCGAGCACGUGGGUGCCUUCGUGGAGGCCGUGCACACGCACUCCCGCCACAUGAACAAGCACAGCUGAGCCCAGGGCUCGGCGGACAGGACUGUGGCCGAAGCCCAGAGCCCGCACGGCCGCAGGGCUCGUUGCAGGGCGGGAUGUAGCAUUAAACCAGCACCGUCUCUGUGGCGGCCAUGUGGCUCUGGCUGGGGAAUUUGUUGGUCCUGGAGGAGCUGGGCUUUGCUGCCAGUCUAGUGGAGUGUGUGAGGAGGACAUGGAGCACCUGAGCCCAGGCCUGUGCUUGGGAUGGGGCACACGAGGCUCCA